GCUUUCCAGGGAGCCUCGCGGCAGGAUCACAUGACUCGGGAUCCGGAGAUGCAAUGGCGACCUCCGUGCUGCGCCUGGGCAUUCCUGGAAGACGCUGGGCUUUAGCGUGGAUUGACGGCGGUUCCCGCCACCGAAGUGGGACUCAGCCUGGGCCCACGUCCAACCGUGCUAGGGGACAGAGUUCAGUGACUCAGCUUUCCCUCCGCACGGCUCAGAAGCCGAGGAAAGGUGAACACAAAUGGGCAGCUGUGGUAGGACUGGAAAUUCAUGCCCAGAUUUGCUCCAACUCUAAGCUCUUCUCUGGAGCGCAGGUGUGCUUUGCAGCACCCCCGAAUUCUUUGGUUUCUUUUUUUGAUGCAUCUCUGCCUGGAACUUUGCCGGUUCUCAACAGGAGGUGUGUGGAAGCUGCGGUGAUGACCGGCCUGGCGCUGAACUGCCACAUCAACAGGAAGUCCUUGUUUGACCGGAAGCACUACUUCUACGCAGACCUUCCCGCGGGUUACCAGAUCACCCAGCAGAGGCUCCCGAUAGCUACCAAUGGACACUUGACGUACAGCAUCUACAUAAGGAAGAAACAGAGUCAGGUGACCACCAAGACAGUGAGGAUCAAACAGAUCCAGUUGGAGCAGGACAGUGGCAAAAGCCUCCAUGAUGACCUGAGGUCCCAGACUCUCAUUGAUUUGAAUAGAGCCGGAGUUGGCCUUCUUGAAGUGGUGCUGGAGCCUGACCUGUGCUGUGGGGAAGAGGCAGCCGUGGCUGUUAGGGAACUGCAGCUGAUCCUUCAAGCCCUGGGGACCAGCCAGGCGAACAUGGCAGAGGGUCAGCUGAGAGUAGACGCCAAUAUAUCCGUACAUCACCCCGGGGAACCUCUGGGUGUCCGGACUGAAGUGAAGAAUCUCAACAGCCUCAGAUUCUUGGCCAAAGCCAUAGACUAUGAAAUUCAGAGACAAAUCACUGAACUUGAGAAUGGAGGUGAAGUUCUGAAUGAAACUCGUUCCUUUGACUAUAAGCUGGGGUGCACCGUGCCAAUGAGAGACAAAGAAGGCAAACAAGACUACAGGUUUAUGCCAGAGCCCAACCUGCCUCCCUUGGUGCUCUACGACGCCACAUCGCUGCCUUCAGACGCAGACUCCCAGCAGGUGAUCAAUAUUGACCAGCUUCGGGACACACUCCCGGAGCUCCCCAGUGCAACCAGAGAGAGGCUUGUCCAGCAGUAUGGGAUGCUGCCAGAGCACAGCUUCGCAUUGCUGAAUGAAGUUGGCCUCCUGGAGUUCUUCCAAAAUGUGAUAAAAGAAACUAGGGCAGAGCCAAAAAAGGUGACUAAUUGGGUCCUGAACACUUUUCUGUACUAUUUAAAGCAACAGAAUCUUGCAGUCAGUGAGAGUCCUGUCACAGCUGGUGCGCUGGCCGAGCUCCUGGACCUGCUGGACAGUAAAGCGGUUUCCUCGGCAGCAGCUAAGCAGGUGUUUGAGGAGCUGUGGAAGGGCCAGGGGAAGACAGCGGCACAGAUCGUGUCAGAGCAGCAGCUGGGGCUGAUGCAGGACCGCGAGGCCCUGGAACAGCUCUGCCAGGCCACCAUAGAUGGACACCCCCAAACGGUGAUGGAUGUGAAGAAAAGGAACCCCAAAGCUAUAAAUAAGCUGAUUGGGUUGGUGCGGAAAGCAAGUCUAAGCCGAGCAGACCCAACGCUGAUAAAGGAAAUACUGGAGAAGAAGCUGUCCUUGUGAGAUGUGGUGAGGUCCCUCUGCCCGAGGGCGGACAGGAGCCUGGGAAACCGCUGUUCUGUGGGUCCAAGUUCUGGCACUUGUGUGUGUCCUCUGAGACCCGAUGACCUGGGAGGGAGCCGGAGGAAAUGGGUCUGUGAUGAUGGCCGCAGUGAUUAAAGGAAUAACAUGGUCUCCUGUGAAGUAAUUCUAAACAAUAAAGCUCUGUCUCAGCCGAGAGCCAUGAAGGCUUCCCAGGAGUCAAGCACUGAAAGGCCGGCGACUGAGACAGCGGGAUGGAUUCGGUGUGUGUUCAGACCUGAAAGUGGACAUGUGAAGAGGAAACCACAGCAGGACAAACGGACGCCACAUAACGCUGUCCCAGAGGCAGGAAGGAAGGGGCCGUCCCGCUCAUCUGAGUGAGCGCAGGCUCUGCUGCACCGUCGGCUCCCGGUGAACUACAGCGGCACGGGCGUUUUCAGAUAAGUUUAAUGAAUAAAAUAGAUGCUGAAACAGCACAUAAAAAUAACUUCCACUUCAGAGACUGUACAGUUUACAUCGCAAUGCUUUAGCCCCCCCAAAAAAAAGAACAAAAGAGAGAUCUGAAACAUUUUUUUUUACCUGGAAAGAAUAAGAUUAUAAACUGAUAAAUCAUAAUCUUGACCUUUAA